AUGUGCAUGGAAAAUGGUAGUUUUUAUAGUGAUGGAGUUUUUAUUCAAGAUCAACUUGAUUUGCCUAUCUCUUUAGAACUUAGGUGGGGUCUUAGGCGUAAAAUCUGCGGCGGAGCCACUGUAUCUGUCUGUUCCUCUUCUUCUAAACUCUUCGUCGGAGAAUUUGGAAGCUGGUACACCGGAUCGGAGAUGCCGGUGGCUGCUUCCGCUAUAUACUUCUUGAACCUCCGAGGCGACGUUCUCAUCAAUCGCCUCUAUCGGGACGAUGUUGGGGGAAAUAUGGUUGAUGCUUUUCGGACACAUAUAUUGCAAACAAAAGAACUUGGUACUUGUCCUGUGAGGCAGAUUGGUGGCUGCUCUUUCUUUUACAUGAGGAUCAGCAAUGUUUACAUCGUGAUCGUUGUCAGCAGCAAUGCCAAUGUAGCUUGCGCUUUCAAGUUUGUUGUUGAGGCUGUUGCACUAUUUAAAUCAUAUUUUGGCGGUGCCUUUGACGAGGAUGCAAUUCGCAAUAAUUUUGUUCUCAUUUAUGAACUCCUAGAUGAAAUCAUGGAUUUUGGUUAUCCUCAAAAUCUUUCUCCGGAAAUAUUGAAGCUUUAUAUCACUCAGGAAGGAGUGCGUUCCCCGUUUUCAUCCAAGCCCUUAGAUAGACCUGUUCCAAAUGCAACUUUACAAGUUACUGGUGCUGUUGGUUGGCGGAGAGAAGGCCUUGUAUACAAAAAGAAUGAAGUCUUCUUGGAUAUUGUGGAGAGUGUUAAUCUUCUUAUGUCUUCAAAGGGUGUUGUUCUACGCUGUGAUGUAACGGGAAAGAUUCUUAUGAAGUGCUUUCUUUCUGGAAUGCCUGAUUUGAAGUUGGGUUUGAAUGACAAGAUUGGCCUAGAGAAAGAGUCACAACUUAAAUCUCGUCCUACUAAAAGUGGUAAAACUAUUGAGCUUGAUGAUGUCACUUUCCAUCAAUGUGUAAAUCUGACAAGGUUCAACUCAGAGAAGACUGUUAGUUUUGUGCCCCCUGAUGGUGAAUUUGAACUAAUGAAAUAUCGUAUCACUGAGGGUGUUAAUCUUCCCUUCAAAGUAUUGCCAACCAUCAAGGAGCUUGGUCGAACAAGGAUGGAAGUAAAUGUUAAGGUAAAGAGUGUCUUUGGUGCAAAGAUGUUUGCACUAGGAGUUGUUGUCAAAAUUCCUGUGCCAAAACAAACUGCGAAAACAAGUUUCACAGUCACAUCUGGUCGAGCAAAAUAUAAUGCAGCUAUUGAUUGUUUGGUUUGGAAAAUAAGAAAAUUUCCUGGGCAAACUGAGCCAACCUUGAGUGCAGAAGUUGAACUUAUUUCCACGAUGACAGAGAAGAAAUCUUGGACAAGACCGCCAAUUCAGAUGGAGUUUCAGGUUCCUAUGUUCACGGCAUCUGGUUUACGUGUCCGUUUUCUAAAGGUGUGGGAAAAGAGUGGAUACAACACUGUUGAGUGGGUUCGUUAUAUUACAAAAGCAGGAUCGUACGAGGUAAGGUGCUAG